GGGUCAUGUUGGGAGGUAUGACUACAUAGUGUAGGUUGUGAAGUGUGUUAGUGUAAAGUGUGAUGGAACUUUAAAAUGAAUCACGGAGAUAUGCCGGAGAGCCUCCAGCUGAUGUGACUCUGCUCAUGUUACGCAGAGUAUAGAAGAAGACAUCUGCUGACCAUGUGUUAGAAUUACUGACCAGCAAGUAGAAGAUCCUGGAACUCGCCAACAAGAUCAUUCAGCUGCUGCCUGGAGAGGUGACUGCUGGGAAUGGGACGUUAUACAGUAACACCAGAUGGAGCCAGUAACAGGAAUACCCCAGAGAGAUGUUCCCGUCCUCUUUAUUCCCAGGAUCAUACAGAGGAGAAACACAGUGUCCCACAGGAGGGUCAGGAUGAAGCCCUGGUUCAUAUUAAGGUAGAAUAUAUAAAAGAGGAAGAGGAGAUGUAUGUGAUGAGUGAUCAGCUGUGUAAGGAGGAGGCAAUACCUACAGAUAUCAGCACAGCAAAUGGACACAAAAGCAGGACUACCUCAGAGGGACAUCUCACUUUUUCGCCAGCUUUUGAAGUGGAAGAUAACAAGUGCAAACAAGAGUCUCCAGCAGGAAACCCCAUUAACUUAAAUUUACAACCGGUACAUCACAGGGCAGAUCUGUCAUCUGAUUCCUCAAAUCAGAAGGAGUAUUCUGAUAAAUCAGAUAUUGUUAAACUUAGUACAGGUUAUACAUGUGAUGCAAGCUUUCCCUUUUCUGAUUGUGGUAAAUGUGUUAUACAUCAUUCAGACUUUGACUUUCAGGUAAAUCACACAGAUGAGAAACCUUUUAUAUGCUCUGAGUGUGGGAAAUGUUUUACGUGGAAAACAGAUCUGGUUACACAUCACAGAACUCACACAAGUGAGAAGCCGUUUCGGUGUUCUGAGUGUGGGAAAUGUUUUACUCAGAAAGUAGGUGUUGUUAUGCAUCAGAGAAUACACACAAAUGUUAAGCCGUUUGCAUGCUCUGAGUGUGGGAAAUGUUUCACAAAGAAAUCACAGCUUAUUUACCAUCGGAGCAACCACAAAGAUGUUAAACUAUUUUCAUGUACUGAAUGUGGGAAAUGUUUUAAAAAGAAAUCAAAACUAAUCAGGCAUCACAGAACUCACACAGGGGAGAAACCAUUUGCAUGUUUGGAGUGCGGAAGACGUUUUGCACAGAAAUCAGGUGUUACUAGACACCUGAAAUGUCACAGUGUUACUAAACACCUGAGUCGCAGAGAAGAGAAAACAUGUUCUGAGUGUGGCAGAUUGUUUAUUAACAAAUCGACACUUGCCAAACAUCUGAGAACUCACACAGGUGAGAAGCCGUUUCCAUGUUCUGAGUGUGGGAAAUGUUUUUCUCGAAAAGCAGGUCUUGUUAAGCAUCAGAGAAUACACACAGGUGAGAAGCCAUUUGCAUGCUCUGAGUGUGGGAAAUGUUUUUCAAGUAAAUCAUCACUUACUGUACAUCAGAGAAUUCACACUGGUGUGAAGCCGUUUGCAUGCUCUGAGUGUGAGAAAUGUUUCACAGAUGCAUCAGGUUUUGUUAGACAUCAGAGAAUUCACACCGGUGUAAAGCCGUUUGCAUGCUCUGAGUGUGAGAAAUGUUUCACAGAUUUAUCUGCUUUUGUUAGACAUCAGAGAACGCACACAGGAGAGAAGCCAUAUCCAUGCCCUGAGUGUGGGAAAGGUUUUGCAGAUACGAAAGCUCUUGUAACACAUCAGAGAACUCAUACAGGGGAGAAACCAUUUCCAUGUUCUGAGUGUGGAAAAUGUUUUCAAGAUAGAUCAAGUCUUAAUUCACACAAGACAACUCACGUAGAGGGGAAACCUUUUCCGUGUUCUGAGUGUGGGAGAUGUUUUAGACUGAAGACAGAACGUAGUAGACAUCAGAGAACUCACACGGGGGAGAAACCAUUUCCUUGUUCAGAAUGUGGGAAAUGUUUUACACGGAAAACUCAUCUUGUUAUACAUCAGACCAUUCACACAGGUGUGAAACGGUUUGUAUGUUGUGAAUGUGGAAAAGGUUUUUCGGCUAAAUCAAGUCUUGUUGCCCAUCAGAAAAAACACAAUGCAGGAGAAACUUCCAUGAGCUGAUGGGCAUGAAACAGGGUUGCAACAACACUUAAAGCCAUUCAUAAAUGAAAAUGAUAAAAUGAUGCAUAAAUACACUUACAAAAUGUAUGCUCCAAUAUAAUUACACCCCCCCCCCCUCCCCCCCCCCCCCAAUGACUUAUGGUGAAUGAGUAAAAGCUCCAGUUAAACAUUCUAUCAACAUGUCAUAAUUAAAUUACCACCCAUAACGAGAUGGAAUGUGUGUCAUCAAUAUAAGUUUAACAGAUUGUGUACAGAACUUAUUGCAUGUCACUUUCCACAGCAAUAACAAGACCAUGUGGCUAGAUUUACUAACCACAGACAACGAUUCUCUCCGGGUUUGACUCCGAAGCACACCUGGGUUUUGCAUUUACUAUUAUUGGCAUUUUACAUUUUCAUGGGAUAAACCUGCCUACUUAUCAGGCAGCUUGCAAAGCCACCGCUUUAUAACUGUAGCCCCAUGUUGUUGCUAAAUAGAAUACUGGGCAGGGGUGCAAAAAUAUUGCUCAAUUGACAAUAUGAGUGUUCCUUGCUGGGUGUAGUCGAGGUACACUAAUGCACCUUGUGUUGUGUUGGCACGUCAAACUUAAGAUUUUGUUUUCAUAGGCAAAAUUCUGAAAUGAAAAGGGUGGAGCGUAUUUAGCAAGGCCUUCCUGGUUCAGCAUGUGACUACUGUUCCUGCAAUGGUCAAGCCUUAUUGUCCAUUAUAAUCUGAUGGGUUUAGCACCUUUUCAAGUGCACUUAAUACAGGAAUACAUAGUAAUAAGAACAUCAAUCCCAAAAAAACAAAUAAUAAAAAUAUAUAUAUUUUUUAAAAUAAAGUCCUGCUGGCCAACUACCUCAUUGUUUAAUCUAAAAAUGGGGAUUGAAUUUAUUUAUUUUGUGAAAGGAGGAGUUAAAGUUGAAGGCAAUCGGAGUUGUGUUAGGAUAGCAAAUACCGUUUUGGGGUGUAGUUUUUAUUUACUCCAUCUCUGCUGGCGUAUUACAGUUGAUUCGUAAAAGCGGAAAUGGAUGUACGUUUAUAUAUGUGUUCGGCCAAUAAUUGGGUGCGUUUUGUGUAUAAAGAAAUGCUCUGUGCGGGUGCAUUGUUUUCCAUUGGAAAUUUGCCUCCAGUAAUGAUCUGAUUGGGUUUUCUCUGAUAGAAAUGUUCCUGAUAAAUGGAUUCCUUAUCUCCAAAAAUCAGUCACAUCUUCGACAUCCUAGAUAGCAAGUCUAUCUCUCUCUCUCUCUCUCUCGAAAUUCUAGCUUUAUUUAAAACAUUCAAUGAGCAUCUCCACGGUUGAAGUUGACACCGUAAAUUUUGCAACACUGCAGUGACUUAACCUUGUACGAUGGCUGUGACUUAUCUAACUACAUGAUGGUUCUUCUAAUCAUUAGUUUAACACUCCAGAGGUCAGCCAUUUUGUGGGCGAGAAUGAGUUUCCACUUUUUCUGUACAUGAUAAACUACUUACCUCAUACUGUACAGUAUAUUUAUGUGUGUUUCUGUCUGCACAGUGACUAAUGUAAUGUUUUAGGUUCAGUUUGAUUUUAUUUUCUACAUCCUUUUUCUUUUUGUAAGUAGAUGAAAUAAAAGUACAGUACAGAAAUAAAGGUACAGUACACUAUUAUAAUAAUAAAUAUAUAAUUUGAU